AUGAUCUGCCCGCUUCUUCCUCACAUUCCUUACACACUCUCGACCCGGACGAGAUCAACGACAUUGACGAGCAACCCCCUCCUUACACCGACGACCCAGAACUUGGCCCGUCCCAGAUCAUCCCCUUCUCAAGCCCCGCAGAAUGGCCGGUUCAUUCGCCCGCUCGCCCUGGUCGAUAGCGCUUAUAUCCUCCCCGGCGCGACCGAGAUCAAGGCCGAAGACAAGCGCGCUGCAACCACCUCAGCAAUCCUCUCGCAAGAUGCCGGUGUCCUCUAUCGUGCCAUUCGACGCCAAAUGAAACUGCCUCCUCGACCAAUCCUCUCCGUUACCGGCAGCCACACCGAGUCGACCAAAGACAGCAAUAACAAGACCACUACAAGCAGCGUGACCGACUUCCAGUUCCAGCUAGACUUGGCCGAGACCAUGUUGACUGGAUGGGAAGGAAUCUCAGCAGACGGUAUCGCGAAUUGGUUCAGCGCCUACGUGAGCAAGGACGAGGACGACAUCCUCGCCCAUCGUGGCGGCAGACUUCGCUCGAAGGUGUACAAGGCUCCGCAGCCAAAGAAACAAGGUGCAAUUGCACUAGAAGAUGAAAGCGAUGCUCGUCUCAUUGGACCUGAUGCCGAGACCGACACGAUCGAAGACCUCGACCCCAAUGACCGAGACCAUUAUGUCCUCAAAUUCAUUGAUGACGACUUGAAGAUGUGGUGUGAACGAUACAUCGCGGAUCCAGCCCCAGUCAAAUCAUUCUCCCUCCACCGUCACCUUCAAGCCUUCAGCACAAAAACCAUCCGCAACGCCCUCGACACCCACAUCCGCGACCUAAACUACCGAGGCUCCCUAUCUUUCAAGCAACACUCCGCCCACGGAACCGUAACAAUUUACUCCCCGCACUGGAUCAACAGACUCCGCCUAAACCGCUUCGUCUGGUGGGCAGUCGUCAUCCUCCAACUGUGGAUAAUAACCUGGCCGAUAAUCUGGCUAAUGGAAAAGCGGUACGAAGUCGCCCAAACACACUGGAACGCCUCCCUUGAAGCAGACGCCACGACCGGCCUGUCAAAAUGCUACGCCCAGGGCCGGGAUGAGUCCCAGCUAGCGCAGUUCUGGGCCCCCGCUGUCAAACACGCGGCGUGGACCAGGCGGAAUGGUGAGAACGGCCUCCUUACGAGGAUCGAUGCCGAACGAUUGCAGGGUAUGACUACAGAUCAACUCAUCGGCUUGCGGGAUAGUCCUUCUGAGUCGGAGUGUGAGCGGCGGGCGCGUGUUGACCGUGGGGAGGGUGGGUUUGUUGAUGGGAUUAUUGGCCUUGCUCGUGGGGUUUCGGAGAUGUCGCAGGAUUAUCGUCUGCGGAUGGGAUGGGGUGGGAAUUGUUAG